AUAUGUCAUCGGUCAGUAAAAAGUCAUACACAAAGAAUUUCGGAAUGCUACUUUAAAUAACUUCAGCGUUUGUUUACAUCUGGAAAAUGACAGGUUAAGAUAUCUCGUCCAGGUUAAUUACCCUCUGGCCACGUUAUUCGCUGCGUCAUGAUUGUUGUUUUGUUUCUAACUAAUUGUAAUGACAGAUGACUAAAUGAAAUAAUGACAUGUUUUUAUUAUUAUGGUCAAAAUGCGUGCCCUUUUGGAGAAAAACAAUUUAGUCAUCCCUACGAAGUUUUCCUUAAAUACCACUAAAUUCUAGAUAGAACUUCAGUAUCAAUCUGCCCGUGCUAAUGUUAGUAACGUAUGCCGAUACUCCAUACGAUUUAAGAUAGUUUAGAGCCGGGGCAAUUAACAAUGAAUUAUUAUUGUUAGAGUUUAGACAUUAAUGAAAUAAUAGAGAUUAUGUUAGGGAAUUGUGAAGAAAGACAUUGUUGUAUAUAUUAACUCAGAACAUAGUACUAUAUUAAACAGUAGUUAUUAUAGAGAACAGAGUUGUUGUUGUUGUAGUUAGAAUAGUGAACUUUAGACCCUGUUACACCACACGGGCUUAUUUGGUGCCUUAAAAGGACCAGGAUUCGAACGAACCUUCGGAACGUCGCGGCCACAACACAAAAGAAGUACUACCAACUACGGUUCGGUUACCCGGGGGAAACUGUGACGAUCAUAUCCUCUGCACGGUAAGGAUGCAUUACCUGCUAUUCCUGUGCUCUUUUACAUUGGUCGGUGCUACAGAAACUUAUGAUAAUGUUAUUUUUCAAAAGAUAAAUGAAGUCUCUACCACACGUUCGCAUUGGAGCGUGGCUCUAGUUUUAGACACUUCGAUUUUUAGUUCCUUUUUGGAUCAAAUUGACAAAGAAAUAGAAACUGUUAAUUCCACCACAGAGAAUGUGAGCAACCACCUUAAAAAACAACCCUAAGAACUUAGACUUAUUACCCUAUCUUCUAUCUAUAUCAAAUGUGAAGCUGGAAUUACAAUACGUCCGAAGCACGUAUGCGAAAAUACUUAAUAGUUACUCUGACUACCUAUCGUUACACGUUAGAAACAAAAGAAGCAUUCUGGGAUUAGGGUCUGUCUUCAAAUUUCUUUUUGGCACUGCUGAUAAUGAUGAAGUUCAAGUAAUUAAACAUAACGUAGUUAGAUUAGCUAAUACACAAAAAUCCAUCAUACACAUACUAGAAAACAAUUUGUCAAUUUUAAACAUUUCACGUUCUCACAUAUCAGAGAAUAGGCAGUCUAUUAACGAAUUAAUACAAGCUUUACAACAGGUCGAUGAGAAAAUGAAAAAAUGGCAAGGUCGCAUGGAAAAACAGAUUGAACAAAUUCAAGGUUAUACUAUUAAUUAUAACAACCUCCAGCUUAUCAUUGAUGAAAUCAAACAGACUGUUUUUUAUGCUAAGGCUCAUCUCUCAGAAUUUAAAUCCCAGCUCGACAUAUUAAGUGCUGGCAGGGUAUUCCCUGGGCUAUUAUCUCCCUUUCAUCUGAGGGCAUUAUUAGUAGAAAUACAGAACCAGGCGCCUAAAACUUACGCCCUGCCGGCGGAUCCUAGCACGGAUCUGUGGAAAUAUUAUCAAUUCUUACGCAGCUCGACUAUGAUUGCUGAGGACAAGAUUAUCAUUAAUAUUCAUGUUCCCUUAAUCGAUUUCAAUAGUCGUUUUGAUGUAUAUCGUAUUCAUAAUUUCGAACUUCCCUACAGUAACAUUAAUCGAUCAUCGAUACCACAGUCAUCUAAAGUACAUCUUGUCGCUAAGUACGAUUUAGAAUUUUCAGCUCUUCUUUUUAAUCGAGAACGCACAAAAUUCGCUGUCAUUCUGCCCAGUGAAUUAGAAUCUUGCAAAAGUAGCUUUACGCAAUUUUGUCAAGUCAGAUCCCCAUUUUAUCAAGCAAGCAUGUCUGAAUUAUGUGUUACGGCUUUAUUUCUACGAAACCCAGCUAAAGUUACGCAAAACUGUAACAUUAUUAUUAAACCUAACACCAAGUUACCUUACGCCGAAAAUAUAGAUAAUGGUCUAUGGGCAGUCACCACUUUAAUUGAUUUAAGAUUCGUCAUCGUGUGCCAAUCUGACACUAAAUCUAACCAUGAAUUAGUUGUUAAAGCCCCUCUCAGUUUAGUUCAACUUGAGAUGAACUGUCAGGCCUUUAAUGAACAUUUGAACUUAAGUCCAUGGUACUCUCAAAUUUCUAAGAAAACACAUCACCUUGAUUAUAACCCUCUACUUCCUCCUAAUAUUUCUACAAAUCACCUAUGGAAACAAUUUCACUACAAACUUGAGAAUUUUACAAAUGUCAAGCUGCCCCACGAAUUAAAAACUAUUAAGCAAAUUCCGCUUGACAUUCUCAUUAACAAAUUAGAGAAUCUAAGACACUCUAAACUAAUUGAUGAUUCGAUUUUCCCCACCUGGAUUAUAGUACUUAUAGCUGCUGGUUGCUCAAUUACUCUAGGAAUUGGGAUUUUUUAUUUAUUGUAA